CGUAGUCUGCUUGCUGUGUUUGCGGUCUGCCGGCGAGUCGUCCGCUUCGCUAUUCUCCUCACCGACAUCCUGGCUUUCAUUCGCUGUUGCUGUUCGCUGCCGUUCCAGCUGUCAUGUCUUCAGCGCUCCAGCAACACUCCCCCACGGAUACACUAAGCUAACACAUGUUUCCCCACCACCAGACUUGAGCGCGUCAUUCGUGUGGCGGGGGUCAGGAAAACUUUCCCCUCCGCUGCUCGGUGACAGCUUCGCGUUUUGGGGAGUCUGGCUGGUUUAAAGAAGCUUUUCACGUUCCCGCUUUCUACUUUUACCUUGGAACGCUUCCCCAAUCUCGCUUUUGUGUCGGCUCAAGUCACAAGCGGGGAGUUUCCACCCUUUUUUCACCAUGAGAAGCUGGCGGCGGAGGAAGAACUCUGGCUUUCUCGUCUUCGCUGUCAUCUGGUGCCUGACCUCGGCAAUCGCUAACGUUGACACCGCGAUUUACAACACUCUGGAGGGAAGUGCCUCUGCCAAGGUCGAGCAGCCAGCUCAAGCAGAACGCUAUGGGACCACUGUACCUCUGCUGCUUACUGGCCGACACAGCAGACCCCUCAGCCAACUCGAGCCAGGGGGUUAUCCGGCGACCCUCCGGCUGCUGGUCCCAGCUGAAGGUGAACAGCUAGUCCUACUGCUGGAGAAAAACGAGCGUCUUUUCGCCAGCCAUUACACAGAGACGCACUACCAGAACGAUGGACGUGUUGUCACCGGUGCGCACAACUCGACGAAGAACUGCUACUAUCACGGGGAGGUGCAGGCGCAUCCCAACUCUGACGUCACCCUCAGCGCCUGCUCGGGCCUUCGAGGCUUCAUUGUGCUUGAAAACAAGUCGUUCGUCAUCGAGCCGGCGUCCGGCAAAGGCCCGGACGUCCACUUCAUCUACCGAGCGGAGGAACUGCGUCUGACCCCGGGGGACUGCGGUCACGGCUUCAACAUGUCCUCCGUGGCCCUGGAAAACUACCUGAAAAGCCCCGCCCAGGCCUUCCACCUGAGGCACAAAAGGGACGCGCAGAAAACCACCAAAUAUGUGGAGCUGAUCAUCGUUGCAGACAAUCGAGAGUUUCAAAAACAGGGGAGUGACGUGGAGAGGGUGAAACAGAGACUUGCAGAAAUCGCUAAUUAUGUGGACAAGUUUUACAGAGCGCUGAACAUCCGUGUGGCCUUGGUCGGUCUGGAGGUGUGGAGCGACCACGACAAAUGUCCCAUCACGCAGGAUCCCUUCACCACCCUUCACGAGUUCCUAGACUGGCGCAAAGUCAAGCUGCUUCCCAAGAAACCUCACGACAACGCUCAGCUCAUAAGCGGGGUCUACUUCCAGGGCACCACCAUUGGCAUGGCGCCCAUCAUGAGCAUGUGCACGGCCGAGCAGUCUGGAGGCAUCGUCAUGGAUCACUCGGAGAACCCCCUGGGUGCCGCCGUGACGUUGGCUCACGAGCUGGGCCACAAUUUCGGCAUGAAUCACGACACGCCGGAGCGCGGCUGCGGCUGCAAGAUGACGGUGGACCGCGGCGGCUGCAUCAUGACGCCCUCCACGGGAUAUCCGUUCCCAACGGUGUUCAGCACGUGCAGCAAGAAGGACCUCGCAGCCAGUCUGGAGAAAGGCGUGGGCAUGUGUCUGUACAACAUGCCAGAGGUCAAGGUGCUCUACGGGGGCCAGAAGUGCGGCAACGGCUACGUAGAGGAAGGGGAGGAGUGUGACUGCGGAGAGCUCGAGGAAUGUUUGAAUCCGUGCUGCAACGCCACCACGUGCACACUGAAAGGAGAUGCCGUCUGUGCCCACGGACAGUGCUGUGAAGACUGCCAGCUCAAACCAGCAGGCACCAUGUGUCGCGAGUCCGGCAACUCCUGCGACCUGCCAGAGUUCUGCACUGGCGCCGACCCUCACUGCCCGGCCAACGUUUAUCUCCAUGACGGCCACGCCUGUCACGUCGUGGAGGGCUACUGCUACAACGGCAUCUGUCAGACGCACGAGCAGCAGUGCAUCACCCUGUGGGGUCCAGGAGCCAAGCCAGCCCCGGGGAUCUGCUUUGAGCGAGUCAACUCCGCGGGGGAUCCUUACGGGAACUGUGGGAAGGAUUCCAAAGGCUCCUUUGCCAAAUGCGAUGCAAGGGAUGCAAAGUGUGGUAAAAUCCAGUGCCAGGGCGGCGCCAACCGGCCAGUGAUUGGCACCAACGCCGUUUCCAUCGAAACCAACAUCCCACUCCAGGAGGGGGGCCGCAUCCUAUGUCGAGGAACGCAUGUUUACCUGGGAGACGACAUGCCAGAUCCCGGUCUUGUUCUGGCUGGCACCAAAUGUGGAGACGGGAGGGUGUGUCUGAAUCGCCAAUGCCAGAACGUCAGCGUCUUCGGCGUGCACGAGUGCUCGGGAAAGUGCAACGGACGUGGGGUGUGCAACAACAAGAAGAACUGCCACUGCGAAGCACACUGGGCGCCCCCAUUCUGCGAAGGGGCCGGCUUCGGCGGAAGCAUCGACAGCGGGCCGACAAGAUUGGCAGACGUGUGUGCAUUAAUGUGUGUGUUGUCGUAUGUGGCGUCAGCCGACGGCGUGCUGCUCAUCGUGGCCGUCCUGGUGACCAUGAGUGGCCUGCUGCUGGCCAGCGGCCUCGUCUUCCUCAAGAGGAAGACGCUGCUGCGACUGCUCUUCACCCACAGGAAGAGCACCUUGGAGAAGCUCAGAUCCAUCGAGGCCAAGAGACCCACCAGCCCAGCCAGGACCCAGUCCAUGUGCAGACCACUACCACAACGUAAACCUCCUCCUAAACCCUGUGGAGCCAGCAUUUACAAGCCGUCCCUCCUGAGUGCCGAGCCCCUGCUCCCGGCGCACAAGUUCCACUCGCACAGCCUGCGCCGCCUGCCGCUCUACCAGCCGCUGCACAUCAGCCAGCCCAUGCCCGUGUCGCUCAGCGUAGGCCAGCCCACCCUGCCUCCUCUGCCCGCCCGACACAGGCUGCCUCCGGCCCAGCGCCAUGACAGCACUCCGUCGCCGCCCGGCGUGCCGCCUUUCCUCAGUCUGCCCCGCCAGCCCGGGUCCUACCGACUGGGCCAGGACUUCGACAAGCCGAGUCCCCCCCAGAAGCCGCUUCCCGCCGACCCGCUGGGCCGAAAAGCCCGCCUGGGUCACGGGGCCUCCGUGUCGGGCCUUCACGUCCCCGGGAGAGGACCGCUGCCCAUCCCGAUCCCCACUGUGCCCAAGCCGCCGCCCGCCAUCCCGUUCCCCGUCAGACCCGCACCAGUGUUGCCCUACAGACCACCAAAGACCCCCAAAGACUGCUGAGCACAUCUCCCAGACCGAGGGAGUCUCUUUCGCUCUCUCUCUCUCUCUCUCUCUCUCUCUCUCUCUCUCUCGCUUUCUUUUAUUUGCACUAAUUCAUCACUAAGGCUCAGCUGGACUGGUCGUUAGGCCCUAGACUGGACACCAAGUACGUAAAAAGAGCGGCGGAACGUUUGCUUGUGACACUUUUUUGGACAUUUGAAAGCAAAACACAAAAAAAACCAAAAAAAAAUUAACACUGGCGUCACGUCGGUGGUGCUUUCUAACUUAAAGGUGCUCUAUCUUGUCCUCGCUCAGGUACCAAUGGACUAUUUAUUAUUUUAUUUGUGCACGCUCUUCCGAAACCAGGAAGGUUGGACGUUUAUGGAGAAGGUGUUUUAUACAUUUAGGAAGCAAAAUGUAUGUGUUUUAUAACAUCAAGAUGCAAGGACAAAAGGGAACCAAGUGAGUUUGUCCUCCUUAAUUGAACAAAAUCUGUUUGUUCUGUGUAAAUUCAGCAAAAAACAACAACGUGGACAUUCAUGGACUAGUUGGUUUUAAAAAAAAAAAUGAAGAUAUUGGAUAAUCUUCAUGUUGAAUUUCUUCUUAGUCACAAACUUAUCAAUACAUAAUGACACCAAUUAUUUUGGAGUUUACAGCCACGCGUGAUGAUGUCAUCAGCACAUUUUUCUGUCCAGCGAACUGUUGGUUUCGUGUCUGGAGCAUUGCGCUUUGGAUUUUUGUACAAUGUCGUUCUGAGUUAUUGCGAACAUGUCGCUCUUGUGCUUUACCACAAUGUGUUUUCUCCUUAGCCUCCCUUUUGCUUAUUCCAUCAGCGUGUUCAGUGACACGUGCGAGUAGGCAAGGUCACAGUGCGGAAUACUUGUGCAACUUUUGUCUUGAUGCCGUUUGUACAUUCUAAAUGUAUUGUUUUCUUUGCAUAAAGGCAACAAAAGCCAUGUAAGCACCACUG